CUAGAGAAAUAAAGCCAAAAAAAGGGAAUCAGAGAGAGAGAGAGAGAUUAACAAAUACGCAUUCAUGGUUUUUAUGAUGGUAAAACAAGUUCAUCGUUUGUAUUCAAGGUCCAUGUCCCUCCUCAAUCUUCGCCUCUUUGUUUUAUUCUUCAUUCUGUCAUCCUCUGCAACUCCUUCUCUCUCCUAUGAGCCUCGAAACCAUGAAGUUGAAGCGUUGAUUGCUGUAAAAAAUGUUCUGAACGACCCCCAUGGAGUUCUGAACAACUGGGACGAAGACUCUGUAGACCCAUGUAGUUGGGCUAUGAUUACUUGUUCCCCUGAUAAUCUUGUUACUGGCCUAGGAGCCCCAAGCGAAGGCAUAUCAGGAAUUUUGUCUGGGAUGAUAGCUAACCUUACAAACCUCCGACAAGUAUUGUUGCAGAACAACAAUAUCUCCGGAGAAAUUCCACCAGAACUCGGGUCUCUUCCAAACCUCCAGACCUUGGAUCUGUCCAACAAUCGGUUAUCUGGUCACAUGCCGGAGUCUCUGGGUCUGUUAAAUGCUCUUCUGUAUCUAAGGUUGAAUAACAAUAGCUUGUCUGGAGCCAUUCCUCUGUCUUUAGCCAAAGUCCCUCAACUUGCUUUCUUGGAUUUGUCUUAUAACAAUCUCAGUGGACCUGUGCCCAAAUUUCCUGCCAGAACAUUCAAUAUUGUGGGUAACCCUCUUAUUUGUGGAAGCCACUCAAUUCAAGGUUGCUCUGGAUCAGCCUUUCCUAUUCCUCUUUCUUUCUCUCUUCGUGUAUCCCCUGGAAAACUUAGCUCCAAGAAACUAGCAAUUGCACUUGGGGUCAGCCUGGGCUUUGCCACUCUCAGCCUCAUAGCAGUUGGGUUCCUGUAUUGGAGGAGAAUUAAAAAUAAAAAGCAAACCAUUCUUGAUAUCAGUGAGGUGCAAGAAGAGGGUCUAAUGAACCUGGGCAAUCUCAGGAACUUCACAUUUAGAGAACUCCAAGUGGCCACGGACAAUUUUAGCUCGAAGAACAUACUUGGUGCUGGAGGUUUUGGAAAUGUGUACAAGGGAAAGUUGAGGGAUGGCACAAUGGUGGCAGUGAAACGGUUAAAGGACGUGAUUGGAACAGCUGGGGAAUCGCAAUUUAGGACGGAAUUGGAAAUGAUUAGCUUCGCAGUUCACCGAAAUUUGUUGCACUUAAUGGGAUAUUGUGCCGCCCCAGUUGAGAGGCUUCUUGUGUAUCCUUACAUGUCCAAUGGAAGUGUGGCCUCAAGGCUUAGAGAAAAACCAACACUAGACUGGCGCACUAGAAAGAAAAUUGCAAUAGGAGCUGCACGGGGACUUCUCUAUCUGCAUGAGCAAUGUGAUCCAAAGAUAAUCCACAGAGAUGUGAAGGCAGCCAACAUCCUGUUGGAUGACUACUGUGAAGCCGUUGUUGGUGAUUUUGGGCUUGCGAAGCUACUUGACCACGGUGACUCCCAUGUUACCACAGCUGUCCGUGGUACUGUUGGACAUAUUGCACCUGAGUAUCUCUCCACUGGCCAGUCAUCUGAGAAGACUGAUGUUUUUGGAUUUGGAAUUCUCUUGUUGGAGCUCAUCACUGGGAUGAGAGCUCUUGAAUUCGGCAAAUCAAUUAAUCAGAAAGGAGCCAUGCUUGAAUGGGUGAGAAAAGUGCAGCAAGAAAAGAAAGUAGAGGUGUUGGUGGACAGAGAGCUAGGGUGCAAAUAUGACCAGAUAGAGGUUGGAGAGAUGGUGCAGGUGGCUCUACUUUGCACACAAUACUUGCCUGCACACCGCCCCAAGAUGUCGGAAGUGGUGUGCAUGCUCGAGGGGGAUGGCCUUGCUGAAAAAUGGGCUGCCUCUCACAACCAUAUUAAUCCCAACACAAAUUUCUUCCUUGCCAACAAGGAAAGUAAAAUUCAGUCAAACCAUAGCAUGGUCCCAAGGCAUGAUGACUAUGAUCAUGACUGUUCGAGCAUGUUUGGCAUGAUGGAUGAUGACCAUGAUACCCAUGCCAUGGAACUCUCUGGACCAAGAUAGAAGAGAGGAAGGUAGCAACAAAAAAGACAUACAGACUGAAGUGGUUUCUUUCUUUCAGAUAUUCUUUAUUAAAAGCCAGAAUUAACUUUGUCCUUGAGAAGAAAAAGAGAGGUAAAGAGGGCUCUAACCAUCUCUUUCUCAUCACUUACUUUUUCUAGUUUGGAUUUCUAUUGUAAAUAUUUGUUCUUUCCUAAGCCCAAGUCACUCACCUUGAUUGGAUAGGUUCAAUACCAGUGUAAAACUUAGUCUCUAUGUCUUUGUGAUUUUUGUUUUAGUUUGGUUUGACUGGAAUUGUGGUGUAAAUACAUGCCCUUUAAAAUCCUCCAAAAGUAGUAGAAGAUGUAGCAGUUGUUUUUGGAGUUUUCUUAUUUUUUAUUUUUUGGUAAUAAUACCAAAUUAAUGUUAUUUUGA